UCACACUGGCCGAUUCCCACCAAGGCAGGGUGGCCCGAAAAAGAAAAACUUUCACCAUCAUUCACUCCAUCACUGUCUUGCCAGAAGGGUGCUUUACGCUACAGUUUUUAAACUGCAACAUUAACACCCCUCCUUCAGAGUGCAGGCACUGUACUACCGUCCUGCCAGAUGACUGUGAAACAAAAACCUGUAACUGUUUUGCAUGAUGGUAGGAUUGCUGGUUUUCUUUUUCUGUCUCAUAAACACGCUAGAUAACAGGGAUAUCUUGCUACUCCUACUUACACUUUGGUCACACUUCACAGACACGCACAUGCAUAUAUAUAUAUAUACAUACAUCUAGGUUUUUCUCCUUAUUCUAAAUAGCUCUUGUUCUUUUUUAUUUCUUCUAUUGUCCAUGGGGAAGUGGAAAAGAAUCUUUCCUCCGUAAGCCAUGCGUGUCGUAUGAGGCGACUAAAAUGCCGGGAGCAAUGGGCUAGUAACCCCUUCUCCUGUAUACAUUUACUAAAAAAAAGAGAAGAAUCAGGGAAAUUGUGUACACUAUAAUAUUACUGGGGGUAACUAGAAAAUUGUUCCUUUCGUAUGCCUUCACUCAGGGCGUCAUUUCUUCUAAAAAUGGUGUUACAUGAGAAUGGGAGUGUUUCUCUUUAUUUAUUCUACUGUAUCAACGUGCACACAACUUGUACACAAUGUUAAGUGUUUGUAUUAUGGUAUAAUACAAACGUGUAUGAAUGAAAACCGGACGUGUUCACCUGGUUUGUUUACAUUAUGUGUGGGUGGGAUAGGGAGGGCUGCUCCUACAGACUACCCAUACUUCCCAAACCUGACUUCUUAAAAUAAAGCUCACCUCUCACCCUACAUUAAGACUACAAAUAUAUUAAGGUAAUUAAUGAAUGUACAGUGGACCCCCGGUUAUCGGCCAGUUCAGUUAUCAGCCAACUCGGUUAUCGGCUGGUUUUUCGGUGCCCAGUUAUCGGCCGUUAAUUCGGUUAUCGGUCAUUUGGGAGGCAUCCAUCCGCCGGUUGGGGCUGCUUUGCGAGUCAGUUUGACUUUGUCUCUGGGCGAGUGAGGAAGUUUCUGCUCAUUCAUCCAAACAUUUUGCUAUAAUCCAUUGUUUUUUAUGGUUAUUGAUCGAGUACAACUGCAAAAUAAGCAACCAUGGUCCCAAAGAAACAUGUUACAUAGUAUAUGAAAACAUGCAAUGUUUAUAUGCGAUGUAUAUUUAAUAAUAAUCACUGGUACAUUAAAAGUCAUAUUUUAUGUUAAUAUAGACAUUUUCAUUAAUCCAUCUAUGAUAUUUUCUUCAAAAUUAUAUAAGAAACAUGUUACAUAUCAUGUAGCAUAUAAACAUAGCUUAUAUACAUGCAUUGUUUAUAUGUUAUCGAGUGGAGAGUGGGAUGGAGAGUAAACAUUACGUUUUUUCUGAUGCAGCGUUAGAGAAAACUGUGAGUCUGGCGACUGGUGCAGUAACCGCCCUUCAUAUGCAUUUGUUUACAAUUCUUGGCAUGAAUUAUUCAUUACUUCUUCCUUUGUUUAUGAUGGCAUCUAAAGGUAGUUGUUAGAAACGAUUAAACUUAGUGAACAUGGUAAUAAUAUGGCUGUGUAGUGUAAUAUAGCUGUGUAGUGUAGCCCGGUGGGGGCUACAUACGUGUGCUGUACCUACAUCUACUGCUACCUACACUGACUUCCUACAAAUAAAUACUACUCACCUCUUGCCCUACAUUAAGACUACAAAUAUUUUAAGGUUAGUAAUGAAUGUACUGUAGCAGUUAAUGACAGAUUAAAGAGGUGUGUGCAUUGUGGACUAGGGUGCAAGCUUUUGUAGAAAAACACCACCCUGACCAAGCUGAAACAAACCAUAUCUGCAACAUGUUCAGUGACAAAACCCUGUCCCACUUCAGGGAAAUCUUAGAGAGAUGCCAGAAACAGACCUCUAUGGACAGAUUUGUUGUGAGGCAGGGGUCCAUUGACUCUCAAGCUGGUCCUGGUAGCAUUAAAAGACAAAGAAGGGAAGUAACCCCAGAGAAGGCUUUGCUACCUAAAGUCUUCAUGGAGGGGGAUUCCCCUUCCAAACACUAACUCCUCCCUCUUUCCUCUUCCCUAUCUUCCAGAAGCCAGCGUUACCCUUCAGUAAAGGUAUGUAAAACUUAAAUAAUUGUUAAAAAAAAUUAUGUUUUUGUGAAUAUUUUUGUCUGGAACAGAUUAAUUGUAUUUUCAUUAAUUCUUAUGGGAAAUAUUAAUUUGGUUUUCGGCCAUUUCAGUUAUCAGCCAACCUUCUGGAACGGAUUACAGCCGAUAACCGAAGGUCCACUAUACUGUAUAUGUAUUGUAUUGCUCUGGGAGCUUUAAUUAAAUGUAGUAUAUUAUGUGUGGGUGGGGAGGGCUGACCUGGCUGGCUACCGUACCUCCCAAACCUGACUUCCUACAAAUUAAACUCGCCUCUCACCCUACAUUAAGACUACAAAUAUUUUAAAGUAAGUAAUGGGUGUACUGUGUUUGUAUUUUACUUUCAUUGUUUUUAAUGCCUAGUUCUAUUGCUAACAUAAUAUACCUUAGUGUAAACUUGUCAUCUGGCAUUUAUAUGCAUUUAAAAGUGGAAAAAAUGGCAUUCUGCUUUCUGGUGAUGUCUGCAUUUCAGCAGUAGCCUGGAACCUAACCUGCCAUAUAAGUGGGGUCCUACUGUAUUGAAGAAUCAACUGUCUUGUGCACCUGAAAAUUAGAUUGGCUUUUCAGCAUAAGUUUAACUUAUAUUAUUUUUUUUCGAGUAUGUGCUAAUUGAUCAUUAUUUACUCUUGCAGAUAAUCAACUCAUCAGUUGAAGCAUUGUAUCCUGAUAUCAAAAGGAAAUGUGAAUUUCGUAUACACAUUUGGCAAAUAAUUUAUUUGAUAAUUGUAUGAUGAGAAAGGCAGUGUGUGUGUGUGUGUGUGUGUGUGUGUGUGUGGUGUGUGUGUGUGUGUGUGUGUGUGUGUGUGUGUGGUGUGUGUGUGUGUGGUGUGUGUGUGUGUGUGUGUGUAAUGUCAGUUUUAAAUAUUCAAUUAUGGUUCAUUUUGGAAAAACCUGAAUGUGUUUUCGGCCAAGCACCAAUUUUCAGGACACUUGUUUUUAUAUUAACCGCUAGCAGGCUGUCUUUAGAAUCUUGAACUGUCUUCUAACACUAAUUUUAAAUUGAUACUCAGUUCAUAUUGUAUAAAGUUAUUAUCUAUAUUAAAACAGUAUCUUUGAAAAAGUAUAUUGUUGAGAUUUAUUUAUUACAUCUAUUUUUUUGGCAUCAUAAAAGUUUAAUAUAAGCAUAUAACCUUCAAUAAAGGUAAAUUGAAAAUAUUGUACUUUGGACAUUAAACAAAAUUCAUUAUCAUUUAUAAUUUUAUUUUGCAUGAAUUGUGUGUGCUCAUUUCACAUGACAUCUUCUGUAUACAGUACAAUAUAAUAAUUUAAUAUUCUUUGUAUAUUUAGUAUACAUAUAUAGACAAAAAUUUCAUUAUUGGGUGUGUAUCGUUUUUAAAUUUUUUUUUUAAACAUUUAGACGGUAAGUAGACCUGAAACCUACUUCAGGAUUUGUGAUUUGAAAAUAAUGUAAAUCCAUAUAGGUAAUAAUUGUGAGCACUCAGAUAAUUGUCUUAGUUUUUACUGAACUAUAGCCUUAAAUAAAUAGUUCCUUUUUAUUAUAUUUUACAUUUUAAAUCUCUUUGGGGAAAGUAAUGUCUGUAUUAAGGUCACUUUUUCAGAAGAGGAUGUUCUAAUAUAUCUCAUAAAAAAUUAAGAAUGAAGAAUUUUCCCAUGAACUGUAGAGGAAUGUUCAUUCAGGUUAUAAUUGUAAGUGAUCCAAAGGUGUGAAUAUUCUGGUGAAAUCACGUUGAAGUUCAUCGAGUAGACAAUUUACAAAAUUUACCUUUGUAAGACAUGCAGGCUCGUGCUGAAGAGCAGCCGUACACAUGCUCAGUGUGUCAGAAAUGUUUCAAAGUAAGAUCAGCUUUGAUAUGUCAUACCAGAGUUCAUACAGGAAAGAAGCUUUAUCAGUGUUCAGUGUGUCAUAAAGAAUUUAAUCAAAAAUCAUAUUUAGUAAAUCAUAAAAGAAUUCAUACAGGAGAGAAACCAUAUCAGUGCUCAGAGUGUUUAAGAAGCUUUUCACAAACUUCAAUUCUGAUUAAACACAUGAGAGUUCAUACAGGAGAGAAACCUUACCAGUGUUCGGAGUGUCUUAGGGAAUUUGCUCAUAAAGCUAAUCUUGUAAAACAUAGAAGAGUUCACACAGGAGAAAAACCCUAUCAGUGUUCAAUAUGUCUAAAAUACUUUAAAGAUAGCUCAGAUAUGGUAAAACAUAAGAGAGUUCACACAGGAGAGAAACCCUAUAAGUGUUCACUAUGCCUAAAGGUUUUCUCUAGGACAUCAUAUUUAAUACAACAUACGAGAACACAUACUGGAGAAAAACCAUUUCAGUGCUCAGAAUGUUUAAAAGAUUUUUCAAGAAAAUCCUCAUUGUUACAACACAAAACAACUCAUACAGGAGAGAAACCAUUUCAGUGUUCAGUGUGUCUUCAGAGCUUUGCCAAAAAAAGAACUUUAUCACAGCAUAUGAGAGUUCAUGCAGAAAAAAAGCCCUUUGAAUGCCCAGAGUGCUUAAAAGACUUUAAAGAAAAUUCAGCACUAACAAGACAUAUGAGCGUCCAUACAGGAGAAAGGCCACACAAGUGCCCAGAAUGUACAAGACACUUUUCUCAAAAAUCUAAUUUAGUUAAACAUAUGAAAGUUCAUACAGGAGUAAAGCCAUACAAGUGUUCAGUAUGUUUAAAAAACUUCUCAAGUAAAUCGUCUUUAAUACAACACAUGAGAGCUCAUACGGGAGAGAAACCGUAUCAGUGUUCAGAGUGCUCGAAAGAUUUUUCAAGAAAAAUAACUCUGAUAGAACACAUGAGAGUUCAUACUGGAGAGAGACCUUACAGGUGUUUAGUUUGUCAGAGAGACUUAUCAAGUAAUUCAUCUCUGAUACAACACAUGAGAGCUCAUACAGGAGAGAAACCAUACCAGUGUUCAGUGUGUCAAAGAAACUUUUCACGAAAAGCAUCUGCAGUAAAACAUAUGAGAGCGCAUAGAAGUGAGUAACUACAGUGGUACCCCGAGUUUCAGCCAUAAUUCGUUCCAGAAGGCUGUUUGAGUGCCGUUACCGAACGAAUUUUUUCCCGUAAGGAAUAAUGUAAAUUAGAUUAGUAAGUUUCAGACUCCCAAAAACACACUUACAAUAAUACACUUACACAAUUGUUCGAGUUGGGAGCUGUACGAAACUCGAGGUACCACUGUAUAUCUCUUUACACAGUCUAUAAAACAAACUUUAGGUAAAUUAUGCAAACUUAUGAUAUAAGACAAUUAUACAACAAAGAAACUACAUAAUCAGUGUAUUGAAUACUUUUUCCAUUAUCAGAACAAAACUUAUUAUUUAUUUUUCAUACAAAGGCUUCACUUCUAAUAAGACUAGCAAAAAAAAAAAAAACACCAGCAGAAUUAAUAGCUGUGGUAACAAAUAUUGUGAUAGUAGUAGCAGCAUUGGUAAAAUAAUUGUCAUGACAGUAGUAGUAUGUAUAUAUUGGCAAUAGUAGUAGUACAUAUAAACAUUCCUAUGACUCUUUAUGAAUGCCAUUCUAGUGACUGCCUGAUCAGCCAGACUAUUGCUGCUCAUAGCCUGAUGUCACAGUCAGGUUGACAAAACUUGCCCAAUUUUCUCUUUGACUUCUAUCAGUGGUCUUAUACUAUUUGUUGAACAUUAUUUAAAAAUUAUAAUUAUUUCACCAGAAUAUGUGUACAUGGAAGUUACUAAUGAUGAAUUUGCAGUGUAGUUCCAGUUAUGUAAAUAUGUUAUCUUGUAUAUUUGAAAAAAAAAAGCCCUUUUAUUAUGAGCCUUUUAGGCAGACUAAUUCUAGACCUUGCAAACUACUGAAUUCUAGUCAUAGCAUGUGAGUUUAGAUUAUAUUUCAUAAAUCACCAUGAAUAUUUUAUGAAUGUUAUAAGUACUCAGGAAAUAUUUAAACUGGUAGUCUUCCAGAAUUAGUCUUCUCCCGGUAUUCCUAUACUCGGUGACUACCUGGAGGUCAUUCUGAGGAUCAGUACCCCCACUGCCUAGUCUUGAUCAGGCUUCCCAGUGGAUCAGGGCCUAAUCAACCAGGUUGUUACUGCUGGCUGCACACAAUCUAGUGUAUGAACCACAGCUCAGAUGAUCGGGCACUGACUUUAUGUAUCUGUGUGAUGGUGAAGAUAAAUAUUAAAAUAUAAUUGUUCUAACCAGUAACAGUCAUUAAAGCAAAUGUGAUGCUUGUCAGAAUUUUAUUUAACCCUUUCAUUGUCAUGAUUCCCCAAGUUAAAAGUGCCAACAGUGUCACGAUUUAAAAAAAUCUUCACAAGUUGAGAACUUUUUUUAAGGAGAUAAUUACUCAAAAAUGCAAAAUUUGAUGGAAAACUCAUUGAAUUAUGCAAGUGCAAAGUUGGCAGUCUGGAGUUUACCUAGAGAGGGUUUCAGGGGUCAAUGCCCCCGUGGCUUGGUCUGAGACCAGGCCUCAUGGUGGAUCAGGGUCUAAUCAACCAGGCUGUUACUGCUGGCCGCACGUAAGCUGACGUACGAACCACAGCCCGGUUGGUCAGGUACUGGCUUUAGGUGCCUGUCCAGUGCCUUCUUAAAGACAAACAGGGGUCUGUUGGUAAUCCCCCUUAUGUAGGCUGGGAGGCAGUUGAGCAGUCUUGGGCCCCGGACACUUACUGUGUUGUCUCUCAAUGUACUCGUGGUUCCCCUGCUUUUCAUUGGGGGAAUGUUGCAUCUCCUGUCAAGUUUUUUGCUUUCAUAGGGAGUGAUUUUCGUGUGCAGGUUUGGUACCAAUCCCUCCAGGACCUUCCAAGUGUAUAUUAUGUAUCUCUCUCGCCUGCAUUCCAGAGAAUACAGAUCAAGGACCUUAACCAUUCCCAGUAAUUUAGGUGCCUUAUCAUACUUGUGUGCUGUGAAAGUUCUUUGUACGCUCUCCAGGUCUGCAAUGUCACCAGCCUUGAAGGGGGCUGUUAGCGUACAGCAGUAUUCCAGCAUAGAAUGAACACUCAGUUUGAAGAGUGUCAUCAUGGGCUUGGCAUCCCUAGUUUUGAAGGUUCUCAUUAUCCAUCCUAUCAUUUUCCUAGCCAAUGAGGUAGAUACAUUGUUGUGGUCUUUGAAGGUGAAAUAUUCUGAUAUUAUCACUCCCAGGUCUUUCACAUUUCUUUUUUGCUCUUUUGUAUGGUUAGAAUUUGUCGUAUACCCUGUUACAUUUUUAAUUUCCUCAAGUUUUCCAUAUCUGAGUAGUUGAAAUUUCUCCUCGUUGAACUUCGUGUUAUUUUGAGUGGCUCAUUUGAAUAUUUGGUUGAUGUCCGCUUGGAAUCUUGCAGUGUCUCCUAGUGGAGGUCACUGCCAUGGCAAUCCAGGUGUCAUCCGCAAAGGAAGACAUGAAGCAAUGGCUUACAUCUCUAUGUCAGAAAUGAGGAUGAAUAGAAUGGGAGCGAGUACUGUGCCUUGUGGAACAGAGCUUUUCACCAUGGCUGUCUGGGACUUUACUCUGUUUACUAUUACUUUUUGUGUUCUAUUUUUCAGGAAGUUAUAGAUCCAUCUACCAACUUUUCCUGUUAUUCCUUUAUCACGCAUUUUGUGCGUUAUUACACUGUGGUCACACAUGUCGAAAGCUUUUGCAAAGUCUGUGUAUACUACAUCUGUAUUUUGUUUAUCCUCAGCAGCAUCCAGGACCUUGUCAUAGUGGUCCAGCAGCUGGGACAAGCAGGAGCGACCUGCUCUAAACCCGUGUUGCCCUGGGUUGUGUAACUGAUGGGUAUCUAGGUGGUUGGCAAUCUUGCUUCUUAGAACCCCCUCAAAGAUUUUUAUGGUACGGGAUGUUAGUGCUAUUGGUCUGUAGUUCUUUGCAAUUCCUUUACUGCCACCUUUGUGGAGUGGGGCUAUGUCUGUUGUUUUUUGUGUGUGAGAUGACCUCUGUGUCCAUGCUCCCUCUCCAUAGAAUGCUGAAGGCACAUGAUAGGGACUUCUUGCAAUUCUUGAUGAACACGAGUUCCAUGAGUCUGGGCCUGGGGCAGAGUGCAUGGGCAUGUCAUUUAUUGCCUUUUCAAAGUCUUGUGGAGUUAGGAUAAUAUCUGAGAUUUUUGAGAUGACCAAAUUUUGGUCUGGGCAGCGGCUCGCUGAACAUUGAGUCAUAUUGGGACUUUAGUAUUUCACUCAUUUUUUGGCUGUCAUCUGUGUAUGUCCCAUCCCACCUAAGCAGGGGCCCAAUACUGGAUGUUUUUUUCUUGGAUUUGGUAUAAGAGAAGAAGUAUUUUGGGAUUUUUUCAAUUUCCUUUAUGGCUUUUAGUUCUUCCUGAGAUUCUUAUCUCCUGUAAGAUUCCAUCAGCUUAAGUUUGAUAUUUGUAAUUUCAUUGACCAGUGCAUCCCUAUGUAUUUCAGAUAUAAUGCCCCCCUCAACAGCUCUGUAAUUCUUCGCCUUCGUCUGUAUAGGGAACGUCUCUCUCUAGUUUACAUCUUCUCUUUCUUUUUCUUAAUGGAAUGUGUCUUGAGCAGAUCUCAAGAAUCAAAGAGUUCAUUUUUUCUAGGCAAAUGUUCAGAUCCGUGUUGUUUAGGAUAUCUUCCCUGUUUGUUUCAUUUAGGGCAUGGUUGACUUAAUCCCAUUUAUGUUUUUGUUAUUGAAAUUAAAUUUUCUGAAGAGACCUUCAUGACUGAUCACAUUUUGCUGGUCAGGAGCCCUCUGCCUAUAUGCCUGUACCUUUAUUAGGUUGUGAUCUGAAUGUAUUGUCUUCGAUACGGUUAUAUUACAUAUCAGAUGGUCAUUGUUAGUGAAGACGAGGUCAAGUCUUGUAGGCUCUAGUAUUUGCUGGUUUAAGGUGAAUUUGGUGCAGAAAUUUAAUAGUUCAUGUGUGUGUAAAUUUUCGUCUGAGCUGCCUCCUGGGGUGAUCUCUGCUAAUACAAUGUUUCCUAUACUCCUCCAUUUUAGGUGUCUCAGGUUGAAAUCUCCUAGUAGUAAGAUGUUUGGGGCAGGAGUUGGGAGAUAUGCCAGACAGUGGUCAAUUUUCAACAGCUGCUCCUGGAAUUGCUGGGAAGUUGCAUCUGGAGGCUUGUAUACCACCACAAUGACAAGAUUUUGGUUUUCAGUGUUUACUGCCCAAACUUCAACUACAUCAUUUGAGGUGUUUAAUAUUUCUGAGUAAAUGAGUGACUCUGUGGUGUUCAGGCCAUCCCACCCCCCCUUGUUGCCUGUUUAGUCUGUCACAUCAGAAUAGGCUAUAACCUGGGAUCCAUAUUUUGUUGUCAUAAUGAUCCUUUAUGUGGGUCUCUGUGAAUGCUGGAAACAUUGCACUUGACUCCGUGAGCAGUCCCUUGAUGUAAGGAAUUUUGUUGUUUUUGACGGCUUUAAGACUCUAUGUUUGCAGAGACAAAUGGUGUUAUAUUGGUGGAAUUUAGGGGGGUUUUAUUUGCUGGCUCUAAUAUCAGUUGUUCUUGAGUGGAGGCCAAUGUCUGUGCCUCUGCUCCAGAAGUGUUUUCAGUUGGUGUAGGAUUGUUGUCAUUUCUUGCCAGUUUUUUUUUUUCCUUUUGGCCCUAAAAAAAGCUCUGUUCCUGGAGGGGUUGUGGCUCUCUCCCAUUUGUUUCCCAUAGACUGGCUGGUCUGUGUCUUCUUGUCCCCCUUAGAUGAUGUGCCUGGCAGUAUAAUUGUAGCAUUGUCUUUCAUGGAUUGAUGAGUGACACAUUUCUGGGUGAAAUAAAUUGCAAGAAGGGUAGUUGCACUCUCCUGUUGCCAUGUGGGUGUGGCAUUUUUUGGGAUGGUCAAAGGUGCGUAUCCCACCUGUUUUACCAGAUAUACCGUGCCUGCAGAUACCGUUUGCUAAGAUUCAUUGUAGCUGUGUUCACUGCUGAUGCAUUUUUUUCUGUUUCCUCCCUAUCUAUCGCCCCUGUAUGGACAUCAGUGCUUCUUCCAGGUUUUGCUGGUGAUGUGUCGACACUCCCUGAGGCAUCACCCCCUUUUGUUCCAUCUCCAGCAGUAUCUCUAUUUUGUACCUCCGUGAACUGAAUAGCAUUAUCUUUACUUGUUUCAUCACCAGGGCUAAUGUCUCCUUUUGGUUCACUGUCCUCUGGGACAACACUAGCACCAUCAGGAGCACUGUCGUCCAAGACAGCCCCAUCCAAACCACCCAUUUUAUUUUUCCAGUUGUUAUUCCGUGCUGAUAUGUCUUUCAAGAAUGAUCUUUAAUUAGUGUUCUUGUCUUUUAAUAUAGAUGUAAUUUCCUCAUACAGGUGUAUCUCGUUUGGGCACACCCAAAAACAUCUCUCUGCAUUAAUGUCAAGUGUGGUCACUGGUUUAAAAUCCCAGCAUAUACCAUGGGACCAUUGACCACAGAGAUUGCAAGCAAUCCAGGCCUGUUUUUGUCCUUUACCCUUUCUGCAGACUACACAGAUCUUCAUGGUGGUGGUCAUCUUACAACUCUUGGCAACAUUCCUAGCUAGCUAAUCUAUAAUUUAUCAAAGUAUUUAGUUGUCUUUAACAGUUCUUCCGAUUUGGCUGGCGAGGAUAGGCUUUUAUAUAAAAGAUUUUAUAUGUACAUACAUAAAUAUAUAGAUGUAUAUACAUAUACAUACACCCCUAUACACAUACACAUACAAAUACCACAAGGGCGUAUAAAAACCCGUCAGCUUUUGAAUCCGGUCAGAGGAUACCUUGUUUUCAAUAAAUCUGUAUGAAUCCAGUUGUUGGUUCACUUAUUCCUAGGACGAAUUCGGGUGAAUCUGGAUUAGUGGAUCACUUAUUUUGGACGUAUCCAGUCGGUGAUUUUGGACUAGCUCAUGAAAAGGACUACCGGAAAAAAAUGUUUAACAGUAAUACGUAUUCAGUUUGAUGCAAAAAGUAUGACUUGCAUGUUGGAGAAGCCAUGGCUUCUGAAGAUGAAGAUUACUGGAGGAAUAUUUGAUGUUUGUUGUGUAUAUUGUGACUGCUGCUAACUACAGACCAUACCACGGGCGGGGAUAGAACCCGCAAUCAGAGAGUCUCAAAA